CUUAACUGUGGCUCAUUCCCCGCCUGUCUUCUUCCCCUCUCCCGCUCCCCUUUGUGCACCCCCUCUUUGUCUCCAGAGGCAGCCUGCUGCACCCCCUCGGAGCAUGGCCCCUCGCUGACAAGGCUGGCCAAAGUUCAACGCACAGCAAGCAAGCCGGAGGAACUUCUCCCUGGGUCAAAUGGCGACUGCAAACAAAGGCACCAAGUCGAAAGCGGGGGGUGUCCGCUUCGCCCCGCCUCAACCGACAGAGGGGACUUCCAGCCACGUGCACUUUGAUGAGAAGCUCCACGACUCCGUGGUCAUGGUCACCCAGGAGAAAGAUGGGAGUUUCUUGGUGAAGGUUGGGUUCUUGAAGAUCCUGCACAAGUACGAGAUCACUUUCCACCUGCCCUUCGUCCAGCGGCUGGGGAAGGAUGUCUGUGCCUCUCAACUGGCCAACCUGAAUCUCCGCGUGACCAGCAUAGCGCCUGGAUCGGAAGGAAUGGAAGGUUACAAUAUCAAAUGCGAGUACACCGCCCACAAAGAAGGGGUCCUCCGGGAGGAGAUGUUGCUUCACAGCCAGACCAACGACAAAGUCUCCAUCAAGGUGGUCGUGCAAGCUAGGGUGAUGGACCGCCACCAUGGCACCCCCAUGCUGCUGGAAGGGGUCAAGUGUAUCGGGUCCGAGGUGGAGUACGACUCGGAGCAGAGUGAGUGGCACGGCUUCGACUAGGCCUGCCCCCCCAACCCACCACCUUCUCCUCCUCCUCUGCAAACCCCACUCGUCCUUUGAAGGGUUUUCUAUGUAUAAAUAUUUUCCGGUUAUAAAGAGCCCACCCCAACUGUUCGCUGCCUGCCUGACGCAGAU